AUGGCGAGUCCAUCUAGAGAUACGAACAAGGUAUGCUGCUUUUAUCAUCCGGAUGCUCCUCUUAUUGAAGAUUACCGAGCUGGCGAUAUGAUUUGUCCUGAAUGCGGAUUGGUUGUGGGAGAUCGCGUCAUUGACGUGGGUUCAGAGUGGCGUACAUUUAGUAAUGAAAAAAGUGGUGUGGAUCCCAGUCGUGUCGGUGGACCCGAAAAUCCUUUACUGAGUGGUGGUGAUUUAUCCACUAUCAUUGGUCCUGGCACAGGAUCAGCAUCUUUUGAUGCCUCUGGCUCUCCCAAAUACCAGAAUAGGCGCACUAUGAGUAGCUCAGAUAGAUCGCUGAUAUCGGCUUUUAAAGAAAUUUCAAUGAUGGCAGAUAGAAUCAAUUUGCCUAAAACUAUUAUUGACCGUGCAAAUAAUCUCUUCAAACAAGUUCACGAUGGCAAGAAUCUAAAAGGACGCUCUAACGAUGCCAAAGCAUCCGCUUGUCUUUACAUCGCGUGUCGUCAGGAGGGCGUACCGAGAACAUUCAAAGAAAUUUGUGCUGUCAGCAAGAUAAGUAAAAAAGAGAUAGGACGCUGCUUUAAAUUAACUUUAAAAGCUCUAGAGACUAGUGUUGAUUUGAUUACUACAGCUGACUUCAUGUCACGAUUCUGCGCGAAUCUUGAUCUACCAAAUACCGUGCAACGUGCAGCAACACAUAUUGCCAAGAAAGCAGUAGAAAUGGAUAUUGUACCUGGACGCUCACCAAUUUCAGUAGCUGCAGCUGCUAUUUACAUGGCGUCACAAGCGUCUGAGCAUAAGCGCAGUCAAAAAGAAAUUGGCGACAUUGCUGGCGUCGCGGAUGUCACAAUAAGACAAUCUUACAAGCUCAUGUAUCCUGAGGCGUCCAAACUAUUUCCUGAAGAUUUCAAGUUCACUACACCAAUUGAUCAACUGCCGCAAAUGUAAAUUAGUACGAUAUUUCAAUUGAUUCUUGUAAUCAACUCAUUUGAAUUGAAGAAAUAAUUAUACUUUGUCUUACGCCAGAACCGUGCAUUCAUAGUAUUUUGCGGCAAUCCCUGUUUCGCCCGACUAACUUAUAUAAAUACGAUUAUUUUGUAAAGUUUCAAAGUACGUAUUCAAAGAUAUACAACUGUUUAAAGAUAUGUACAUUUCGUAAAAAAAGUUUUUCCAAAUAUUUGUACAAAUAUACAAUGAGGGAUACUA